UCGUAAUGAUGUGGUGAUAUUAAUUGACUAGUAAAAUAAGAUCCAUUAUUGUUAAAAGCCCACGUGCGCAUUUGCGUCCAUUGUUUUUUGACUUUCGAUGAUUUCGUGCGUUUGGAAGUCGUUCAGUCAAAAAGCACGCCGGCCAUCGGCAUGAGCGGCAUGUGGAACUUCGUCGUUUGCAGUCUGUUUGUCUUUCUGCCGUGCGCUUGCGUUGCCGACUUUUAUGAAAUGUACGAAAAGGUCUCAUCGCAAGCGUGGAGUUUUGUAUCUUUUGCGACGCGCACCGAACAGAAUCUGCAUGAUUGUAUGCACAAAGAAGUCUCUUAUUAUUUGUAUUCUAAGGGAGGUAAAGAACAGCGCAUUUUCAAUCGUGACUUGGCAGGAUUAAACCGCAGCGGAUUUAAUCACAAUUUGCCUACGGUGAUGGUGGUACACGGCUAUACGGAUAGCAGAAAGAGAGCAAUCAUUGUGCGGCUGCGUUCCGAGCUGGUGGAUAAACUAGAUGCGAAUGUGAUCGUUGUUGAUUGGCAUCGCGCAGCGGGACAGAUUUACUUCACCGCUGUUUCGAACACUUAUCAUGCGGGCGAACAACUCGGCGAGUUUUUACAGUUUUUGGAAGAUGUCGGUUAUGAUUUGGACAAAGUUCAUUUGAUUGGGCAUAGUUUAGGUGCACAAAUAUCCGGUGUAGCUGGAGGCAGAGUUGAAGGACGUGUUGGACGCAUUACAGGUUUAGAUCCAGCAGGACCUUUAUUUGAGUUCAUAGACAAAAGAAACACGUCGAUGUCUUUGGACAAAAGCGAUGCUCGUUUCGUAGAUGUAAUUCACUCUGCGAUGGGUUCUUUCGGUGUGAUUAAACCUAUCGGUCACGCUGAUUUCUAUCCAAAUGAUGGUUUAGCUCCUCAACCGGGAUGUACUAAUAUAAUUCUAGCUGUUUCUUGUAGUCACAUUCGUUCAGUUGACUUUUUUGUUGAAUCAUUGGAUAAAACUCUACCGAAAUACAUGUCAAGAUCUUGUACAACAUGGAAAGAGUAUCAUUUAUUUAAUUGUUCAAAAGAAAACGUGGUACCAAUGGGAUAUUACACGCCGAGAAGCGCGAGAGGAUUAUAUUAUGUGCAAACAAAUCCGGAUGAACCUUAUGGAAUGGACGGAAAGUUUUACAAACGCACAUUUUUAGUGUUCGACCAUCAUAAUUUCCAUUAAAAAUAACGUUAAUCUUUAAUAAACUAAUUUUUUGCAAUGA